UCCCAUGAGAGGGGGUGCCUGGGCAAAAUAAAGAUGUGUUUUUGCCAAGAGCUGAUCUGACAAGAUUUCUAGCCCAGUUUUCAGACCACAGAGAUUUGAAUAAUUGAAAUUUCAGAUUAGCUCUGAACUUUAGGAUGAUUGUUUAAACUCAACCACUGAACCUUUUAAGCUUUGCCCUUUACUAGCCGCUGUCCAGAGAAGCCAUUUUCACAAGUACACUCUGUCCAGGAAUACUCCCUAAGGAGAUGGCACAAUGCUACUACGACCCAGGGGCACACCAAGGAAAUACACACGACUUAGUGGCACAUCAGAUGAUGAGAAAGACUUAGACACUCCUUAAAGGCUCAAGUGAAGGGAAUGUUUGAAAAUACACAGCUCAAGAAGGAAUGCCAGCAAGGGCAGUGUAGCCAAAUCUUUCCCCCUCAGCUUGGCACACUACAGAUAAUUCAUGGCGAUGGCACCGCUGUUGGAACGGUGAUAACAUUCCAGUGCUCUGCUCAGCACAUGCUUGUGGGACAGGGACUCGUAACGUGCAUAUGGAAGGGAGACAGUACGCAGUGGACUGCUGGAGUUCCCUCAUGCAAAUCCAUAUCGAAAUAUGAGGCUUUUGGAUUUAAAGUAGCAGUGAUUGCCUCCAUUGUGAGCUGUGCCAUCAUCCUGCUGAUGUCUAUGGCUUUUUUGACCUGUUGUCUCAUCAAGUGUGUUAAGAAAAACGAAAGGAGGAGAACUGAAAGGGAUAUGCAACUGUGGUACCAGCUCAGAAGUGAAGAACUGGAAAACAUGCAAGCGGCUUAUUUUGGUUUUAAAGGCAGAAAUAACAACAAUAAUAAACACUUCAGGAAUAAACCAGUAUUUGACGAUGGGACUAACCUGGCAUAUGACAAUGAAGGCUUCUGCAGAUUCCACCAAGAAUGGACUAGGGACAUUGCAGCUUCUGCAUGUGGCAGAGGAAAUGACUGUCAGCCCAAAUUCAACACAAGCGAUAGUGUACCUAUUAAACAAUUACUGCCAGAACAUAACGUUCCAAUACAUACAGUGAGUACGAUACAUGUUGAGGUCCAUAGACAUGACAAGGAUAUUUACAAGAAACCCAUCUCUCAUAUCCCUGGAUAGUCAAUGUCAGAAACAAAUAAUUUGCUGUGUUGGACCAAAAUGAAAUCUGGUUAGAAAUAUGUGCCUUAAAGACUGCAUAGAAAACUACUUAAUUAUUCUUAUGAAUCUGAAAAUUUUAUACAUCAAGAUUAUUUUAAAAUGCUUCCAGAUUUAACUUAAAUAAAAUAAUGAAUGUUGAUGCUUACAAUAAGUAGCCAUUCUCUACAAAGUGCUAGAUAUCAUGGCAAGAAUAUAAUAUUCUCCUGUACAUACUAUAGAGAGAAAUGGUAACCAUUUGUAUAUUUGCUUCAUGUAAAGUCUCUGACAACAAUGACACAUUCAUAUGACUGCAAACUUCUUUUAACCUGUGUUCUUUUUGUAACCAUGCCAGAAAAAAACCGUAUUUUUGCACACACGUCUGAGAAUUACAAUAAAAUUGCUU